AUGCAUUAUCUCAGGAAGGCGACGUUAGAAGAUAAGGACCAAAUUGUCUCGAUUCUGCAAACUGCCAAAGAUUUUCUAAAAUCGCAAAAGGUUGAUCAGUGGCAAAACAACUACCCUAAUGAGGAACACGUAGUUGCCGAUAUUUACUGUGGUCAAAGUUAUGUUCUCGUUUAUGAGUCUGAAGUAGUUGCAAUAGGAACCAUUACAACUGGCGUCGAUCCUGACUACACCGCUAUAGAAGGCAGUUGGGUUGAAGACAAAAAUAGUAAAAAUUAUGCCUCUUUGCAUCGUACGGCUAUAUCAGAGAAGUUCCGUGGGAAACACUUAUCAAGGACUUUGAUGUCUGCCUUGAUUAAAGCGUGUGUUGAUAUGGGAUUCAAGGACAUUAGAAGUGAUACUCAUGAGGAUAACAAAGUAAUGCAAUACAUACUCUCCCAAAACGGCUUUGUGUAUUGUGGAGUUGUGUGCCAGGAGUCCGCUGGUUGUUUGAGGGUCGCGUAUCAAUUAAUUUUGUCUUGA